AAAAUAAAAAAAAAAAAAGAACAGAUAACUUGAGUAAAUUUCGUUAAUUCGCCUUUUUAUACCCUAUUCUAGUUUUCGGUUCGGCCUGUUGUUGUCUCUCGUUUUAUGGUCGUUAACGUAUGCAUGUGUGCGCGUUUUUGUAUUGUUUCUACUCACUAUACACAUAAACGAAUUUGUUCACUUAAACAUGGCGCUCUACACCGGUAGAGAAUUUACAAAAGAGUGACUGAGCGUGGGGAGGACAAAGCAGAGAGCAAAAGAGGGUAAAAACAGAUAAAAAGAGUGCGUUCGGCAAGUUUCUUUAUAUUAUCGUUUCUGUUUCUAUGUUUUGUGCCACUGUGCAUUUGCGAGUGUGCGUGUACUUGUAUUUUAAUGUAAUAUUACCGCUGUUGUUUGUUGUUACUGUUAGUUAUAUAUAAUACUGGUGUUGUCUCUCUACAAGAAAUAAAGUAAAAUGAAAUAAAAUAAAAAAAGAAAAGAAGAACAAAGACAAAAAAAAAAAGGAAAGCUUUCAUAUUGUUUAUGUGCGGAUCGGUAUUCUAGUUUUUCCCAAAAUGUGAUUCCAUUUCUUUACGGUUGUUAGUCUUGUUCUUGUUUUUCGGUGAGUUAUGUGAAAAAAACACGAAAACAAGGAAAUCUGCGCUCGAAAAUAACAUCAACAACAACAACUACUACUACUAUUGCUGCUACUACUGUUACCACUACUACUACUACUACUACUACUAUUCUACUACUGCAACCACUACUGCUGCUGCUGCUAUCACUAACCAUUUUACGUUUUACGCUUUGUUACUAGAACAACUUCCCAUAUCUCACUAUAUUUUUCUUUUUCCACUUUACUGUUCAUAAUAUGAAUGUGUGUAUGUAUGGCUUUUAUCCAUGAUUUGGAAAACAAAAAACAAUAUAGUCCACUCAACUCGAGACAUUACAAAACGCUGGUUUUCGGUUGGUGUUUGUUGUUGGUCUCUUUAAACUUUAAACAACUUUAACCACACGCAACAACAGCAACGUCGGCUAAGCAACCAACCAACCAUUCAUUGCUGCCACAAUUUUUCAGGAAAAAGGAUAUAAAUUUUCGUUGUAUACCCAUUUAAUUGCGUUCUCGUACACUCGUCGGUCCUCAACUGUUUGGCACCAGGAAAACCUUAUAUAUAUAUAUAUAUACAUAUAUAUUUACGUUGUUUGCCUCCGUUCAUGGUUUAGUACAGCGGAUAGAGUGAACCAUAUUUAUCAUAUAUCCGAUACUCUUCUAACCCUUCGUCAUCUCAACUCACCAACUGAAGCUCAAUUUUAUGGAUUAAUAGAGUUUGAACGAGAUGUACAACAAACAGAUUGAAUGCAGUUUAUGCAGCUGUUAAAAAUAUGAAAAAAUUACGAACUUUUAAUAGAGUUGAGCGCGUGUGAGAAAAAAAGAGGAAAACAAUAAAUAUUAGCAAUGCCUCCUUUCUUUCGUAAAUAGUUUUUAUUUUUCAUAGAACAAUUUUGUUUUUCUCAUAAAAAAAUCUUAACUGAAAAUGACAUAGAAUCCAUGAAAUACCCGUUUUUUUCUUUUUCGUUUUUAUUAACAAUAAAAAAAAAAUAAAUAAAUAAGUAAAAAUAUUUUGAAAAUAUUACAAACAAUUCCCAAAACAUUACGAAACUGAUAAAAGAUUAAAUUAGAAAGAAAAAGCAAAAAAAAAAAAAAAUCAAAUAAAGAAAAAUGGAAAAAAAGUCGAAAAAGAAAUCGAAAUCGCAUGCCACCACGCAUACGGUACGAAAUGUAUUUUGUGCAGAUUGCAGUGUUGCCACGCAAGUCUUCCUCAUACUGACGCUAUUCGUGAUUGGAAAUUUAAGUGCCUGGCAGGAGAAUGUACGACCUAAACUCUAUGUGGAAUUAGGUCCUGAAGACGUUUUGAAAUUUCUGGGAAAUGAAAGUGUUGUGGACCACUUUAAACUAGUUACCAGAGACGGUGACUCUCUAUUGGUAGGAGCCAGAAAUAUUAUAUAUAACCUAAGUAUUCACGAUUUGAACGAACAGCAGCGUUUGGUGUGGUAUUCGCCAGAAGACGAUCAGAAAAUGUGUGUCGUUAAAGGCAAGGACGAGGAGGCGUGUCAAAAUUAUGUGCGUAUCAUGGUGGUUACGUCGCCAGGUCGUUUAUUUGUCUGCGGUACGAAUUCAUUUCGUCCCAUGUGCAACACUUACAUAAUCAAUGACAACAACUACACUCUAGAGGCAACUAAAAACGGCCAGGCCGUAUGUCCUUACGACCCGCGACAUAACUCAACUUCGGUAUUUGCCGAUAACGAAUUGUAUUCUGGCACGGUGGCCGAUUUUAGUGGCAGUGAUCCGAUUAUCUAUCGAGAGCCAUUACAAACCGAACAAUAUGAUAGCUUAAGUCUUAAUGCUCCCAACUUUGUCAGCUCCUUUACCCAGGGUGACUUUGUUUAUUUCUUUUUUCGGGAAACUGCCGUAGAAUAUAUUAAUUGCGGAAAGGCAAUUUAUUCACGUGUCGCUCGCGUGUGUAAAUGGGAUAAGGGCGGCCCACAUCGUUUUCGCAAUCGUUGGACCUCGUUUCUGAAAUCGCGCCUAAAUUGCUCAAUACCAGGGGAUUUUCCAUUCUAUUUUAAUGAGAUACAAUCCGCUAGUAAUCUCGUUGAAGGACAUUACGGCCACUCGAGCGCCAAAUUGAUUUAUGGCGUUUUUAAUACGCCAACAAAUUCAAUACCUGGCUCAGCAGUUUGUGCGUUUUCAUUGCAGGAUAUUGCAGAUACGUUUGAAGGCAGCUUCAAGGAACAAAGUAGUAUCAACUCUAAUUGGCUACCAGUCAAUAACGGCAAGGUGCCCGAACCACGUCCCGGAUCUUGUCAUAACGAUUCGCGGACGUUACCGGAUCCGACGCUAAAUUUCAUUAAGACACACUCACUAAUGGAUGAAAAUGUUCCGGCAUUUUUCGGUCAGCCAAUUUUGGUUAGAACCAGCACAAUUUAUCGUUUUACACAAAUUGCUGUUGAUGCUCAAAUCAAAACUCCUGGUGGUAAAACCUAUGACGUAAUUUUUGUUGGUACAGAUCACGGUAAAAUAAUAAAAUCAGUGAACGCUGAAUCAGCAGAUUCUGAUAAGAAAGUAACUUCAGUUGUUAUUGAGGAAAUUGAUGUUUUGCCGAAAAGUGAGCCGAUACGAAAUUUGGAAAUCGUUAGAACAAUGCAAUAUGAUCAAGCAAAAGAUGGAAGCUACGAUGACGGCAAGUUGGUUAUUGUCACUGAUAGUCAAGUAAUUGCAAUACAGUUACAUCGGUGUCACAAUGACAAAAUUACCAGUUGCAGCGAAUGUGUCGCUCUUCAGGAUCCGUACUGUGCAUGGGACAAAAUUGCUGGCAAAUGUCGUUCCCAUGGCGCGCCACGUUGGCUCGAGGAGAACUAUUUUUAUCAAAAUGUCGCAACUGGCCAACAUGCCGCAUGCCCCUCAGGCAAAAUCAAUUCAAAAGAUGCAAAUGUGGGCGAGCAGAAAGGUUAUCGUGAUGAUAUGGGCCUUUUGGAUCAAAGGCGUCAAAGCAAAGAUCAAGAAAUGAUUAAUAUUAUGCAAGAUAAGAACUUCGAAGGUCCCCAAAUUUCUCCAGAUAUAAUCAAUGCCCAGUACACCGUUGAAACUUUGGUUAUGGCCGUCUUAGCGGGUUCCAUUUUCUCCCUUUUAGUGGGAUUCUUUACAGGCUACUUUUGCGGUCGCCGCUGUCAUAAAGACGAAGAUGAUAAUUUACCCUAUCCCGAUACCGAAUAUGAAUAUUUCGAGCAAAGGCAAAAUGUUAAUCGGAUUCAAACAGAACCUAAAUUAUUGCCGCAAGUUGAAGAGGUAACGUAUGCCGAGCCAGUGCUAUUACCGCAGCCACCUAGCCAAAACAAAAUGCAUUCACCGAAGAAUACUUUACGUAAACCUAUCCCACAUCAUGGUCCCAACUCAGAAACGUUCUUCCAGUUUCAGCCAGAUGGCUACAAUACACAACAAACAUAUCGUUGUCGCGACAAUUUCGGUACUCUAAGAUCUCAUCAGGUUAUGGGUGAUAAUUAUCGUCGCGGUGAUGGCUUCUCUACCACUCGCAGCGUCAAGAAGGCUGUUAACACAAAUACACGUAACAGAAGUCUUGGUCGUUUAAGAAGGCAGCCGCCCCGUCAUGGUAUUGUAACUCAACAUCGUUCCAAUAGUCCACAACAUUCUAGUUCGGGCUCAUCGCCGGUUAUGUCAAAUAGUAGUUCUAGUCCAGCGCCACCAUCUAGUAGUCCAAGUCCGCAAGAGAGCCCCAAGAAUUGCAGUUACAUAUAUCGUGAUUGAUUGAUCACCAAUACCAAAUCGAUGCCAUUAAUCAAAACCGCAGCCACAACAACCGCAUUAGCAAUAACUACAACAAUAAACACAAAUACAAUAGAUGAGAAAUCUAUAAUAACAAAAUCGUAUUUACAACAACAACAACAGCAACAAUCAGAACAACAACAACAACAACAACAACAGCGACAACAAAAUGCUAAUACUGCCAAAACAUUAUUCACAACAACAGCAAUAACAAAAUCAACAACAAAAACUGUAAAAGAGACACCGAAACAAAAGCAUCAGCAGCAGCAACAACAAGAGCGACAUAAUAAUACGCGUGAGCCAAAAGCAAUGUUGACUAAAUCCGUUCCUGCCACACCUGUACAAGUGAAUCCCACAACGAACAAUUUCAUGCCAUCCUCUGCCGAUGAUGACGAUGUUGAUGACGACUAUAUUGAUGAUAACGACGUCUUGUAUAUGCCACCCUAUUCAUAUCCCAAUUGUAGUUUAAAUAUAUGCGAAGACGACGAUGAUUAUUACAAUGACGAUCUCUUCAAAGAGACCGGUGAUAAUCAUGCUUUUGACCUUCCGCACGAUAAUGACGGUGAUUCUUCAUCUUUGGCAAUGAUAACACCGCCGCCGCCAUACGAUACGCCACCGCACAGGCAACAAUCUCAGCAGCAAUUAACAAAGAAAUCUUCAUUGGCCUCAUUAUCCUUAACAAAUUCAACGGCCAGGGGACAAAGAUCCCACGCACCAACAACUCGUAAAUACUUAUUUAAUAAUCGUGAGCUAUUCAAUAUCAGUUCAUCGAACGGCAAUUCCAGCUCGAAUUCAUUGCAACAAGAUCAGCAACAACAAACUUCAUCAUUGGCUGGAACUCUAAGCAAUGCCAUCACGCCUACCAAACUAAGUGCGGCGGCUGCGGCCAUGUUUGCCGCUCCUCAGUUAAAUCGCAAAUGGAACUUACAUCGUAAACGUCGUAGACGUAACAGCAGUUCAGGCGAUUCCAAAGAAUUGGACAAAUUAGUGCUGCAAUCCGUAGAUUGGGAUGAUAAUGAUAUCUAUUGAUGGUAUUUAAAAUAUCUUCCAAUCUCAUCUACGUGCGCCUGUCUAUGUGUGAGAGAACUUUUGACAGCUGCGUUUCAAAUUUAAGAAAAUUUUGUUUUUCUCAUUUCAAACAAUUAUAUGCAAAUAAUUUUAAAAUUGAAAGCCACUCUUCGAUAAAAUCUCGUUACAGUACCCUUUCUAAUUCCUCUACACUUUCUAAAGGGAUACACGAAAGGAAAUUAAAGUCGCAUUUAUUUGCUUGUGUUCGAAUCUUUUAUCGCAAAAAGUUUUAAAAAAAUGAAAUUUUUGAAACCCUACGUUAUUGCAUGGACGAUUCCGAUAUCCGAUUUUUGUAUUAUUCUUAACAGACGCAAUUCAGAUUGCGACGGCUCGUUUUCAGAACCCAUCUGCUAGACAUCCUCGCCAUACAACAUUUGUAGAAAAUCAUGAAAUUAAAAUGACUGUACAUGAAACGUAUGUAAAGAAAAAUCUUAUAGAAGAUUUUAAAGCGGGUUGAUGACCGAAUUUUUCCUGCCCUAAGGAGAAAGGGGAACGUUUCAUGAAAUUUGCUAUCUAUUUUGUCUGUCAAUAUUGCCUUUUCCAUUAAUCUCGCAGUAACCAUCGUUUCGAUUUUUUCGUCUGCCCUAUAUGAAAGAUCGAUAUUCGAUCGCGCAGCUCUUUGAGUGAGGAACUGGGAUGAGUUUUUGAGGUAAACUGCCAGGUUUACUCAACAAUGGUGUUUAAGCGAGAUAGUAAACUUAAUGGCUUAAGGACUGGGAACUUAAUAAUAACUUAGCGCUGAGCAAAUGGUGUCAUACUGGUCAAGGAGAAAGAGUUUGGUUGGUCAAAAUAUUUGCAAUAGAAUGUUUCCCACAAAGAAGCUUCAGAGAUCUUAUAAACUGUAUCCUUGAUCAGUACGAAAUUCUAAAUCGAAACACCACAUACUAAGGCACUGAUACUGAGGCCCGCGAAAAACGCAAUCACAAGAGUUUGGUGAGCUUAAUAGGUAUCGAACUAAUUGAAGGUUAAUUAGGCAAGGGUGUAAUGAACAUUUCUCUAAAUAUCAUGGCUUGCUCACGUCAUUCACUUAGUUACUGAUAAGCGGAUCUAAGCGUAAUCGAUCUUUUACAUAAAGAACGAAGCUUUCGUCCGACUUUUAAGCAACAGCAAAAAUCCAAACGUUGAUUGCUACGAAACGAUGCCUAACAAAGUAGAGACAGGUAGCACAAGCAUCAAAUCCUAAGAAGUAGUACCCUUAUUCUUUAAGGCGGGGAAUCCGAUGUCAACUUGGAUUAAUAAAUUUUUUAAAAUUUUUCUUUAUAAAUGCACUUUUGAAGUAUAGUUAAUUAAUUAUCUAUAUUAUUUUCACAUUGUUAUCAUGAAAAUAAAUAUAUGUAUCUUCUGCACUGGGCUCUACUUACUUAGAAAGCUAUGCUUACACUUAAGGUAACGUCUGCUUCGCAAGUUGCGCUUACUUCACAUGUUUUGCUCAGCAGGUUAGUUAGCAAGUUACCUUAACUUUUACGAGAAAUUCAAGUUUGUGAAGGCGUUUAUUAAAAAAUAGUGAGAACUAGCAGAAAUUGCGUCCGGAAACUAUCCAUCUACUCUGAAUGUUUCUUUUCGUGUUUUUCAAAUACUUUUACGCUCUCUUUUAAAUUUUCCCUUCGAUUUAUUUUACGUAUUAUAUAAGUGCUUUUAUUUAUGUAAUAAUUUGCAAGAAUUUUGAAUGUGUAAAACCUCUCACACACACAGGCAUGUAAGCUUAAUAAUAGAAAAAAAAAAAUAAGAAAAAAAAGGAAAACUAAAGCGAAAAGGAAAUGACGACAAAAAUGAAAUGCGGGGAAAGAGAAUAAAAACUAAGGUGCACUUGAAAUUGUUAGGGAUUUACUUUCACACAAAUACAUGUAAAUAAAUUAAACAGAGAAUUACACUUAAAGACAAACGCCCACACACGCGUAGACACUCAAAAUCCACAUUCAAAAUAUAAAUUGCAAGAAGUAAGAAGACACAUUUGUUUUGUAUUCAAACACAUAUGUACGUACACACAUUAUACAUAAGUACUUUGAUAAAUGCGAUUAAAAUAUUUAAAAAUUUUUUAGAAAAAGACAAAAACAAAAGUAUAUAACAUGCAUGCAUAGCAGGCAAUGAAAUUGCGGUCAGAUAAAUUGCAAAGGCAACAACAAAAAUGUAAAAAAAAAAAAAACAAGAAAUAAAUUGAAAUCUUUAAUAAAAAAAAAA